GAAAUCCACUUGAAGUUGGAUUUAGGCGGGCGGCUGGACCCAGAGAAAAAAUGGCUAAACUUCACAUCUUCACCAACCCAUUCAAACAGUCACCGAACCACACAGCGCUCUCGCACCUAACCCAUUUCCCUUCCCAUCUUCACCUACCCAUUCACAACUUCAUUCCUCAUCGUCGACGACCAGCUGACCGGCUGUAUUAACCAACCAAAACGGAGGAAUGGACUCCGGCAACGUCCUGUUGGCUUCGGGUUCAAUGGGCGGCGGCGGAGGAGGAGCGCAGCUCAAGAAUCCAACUCUCAUCUGUGUUCCAAUCAUGGCGGAUACAGUCGACGAGAUGCUGGUCAAGGUUGGCCAGGCCAAGUCCGCCAGUGCCGAUCUCGUGGAAAUUCGAUUGGAUUAUUUGCGGAGCUUCGUUGAUCCUCGCGGGGAUCUGGCCGCGCUCGUCAAUGGCUCUUCCUUGCCCACGCUUUUCACCUACAGGUCUGCAUUGGCUUGCUUCUCUCUGUUUUUUAGUCUGCAUAUCAAUUAUGAAAGGUUUGGUUCCUUGUUCCUUGUGUCGUCCCUGCCAGGCCGAGAUGGGAGGGAGGUCAGUACGAGGGCGAUGAAAGCAAGCGAUUGGAUGCGCUUAAGCUAGCCAUGGAUUUGGGAGCCGACUACAUUGACGUUGAGCUUCAGGUUGCUGGUGAUUUCAUUGGAUCUUUACAUGGAAGCAGACCAUCAAAAUGCAAAGUCAUUGUUUCUUCGCACAACUAUGAAUGCACGCCAUCUGUUGAGGACCUCGGUGACCUUGUCGCAAGAAUACAAGCAACUGGAGCUGACAUAGUGAAGAUUGCGACCACUGCCUUAGAUAUUACUGAUGUGGCGCGCAUGUUUCAAAUCAUGGUCCAUUCUCAAGUUCCAUUCAUAGGACUUGUUAUGGGAGAAAGAGGUUUGAUUUCAAGAGUACUCUGUGCCAAAUUUGGGGGAUAUCUCACUUUUGGCAUCUUGGAGUCCGGAGUGGUCUCUGCCCCUGGGCAGCCAUUGGUCAAAGACCUGCUGGAUCUAUACAAUUUCAGACAAAUCAGUGCUGAUACCAAGGUCUUUGGUAUAAUAGGGAGGCCAGUUGGCCAUAGCAAAUCACCUGUUCUAUACAAUGAAGCAUUCAAGUCAGCUGGUUUUAACGGGGUUUAUGUGCACUUGUUGGUGGAUGAUCUUGCAAGAUUUCUCCAGACUUACUCCUCCCCGGACUUCGCUGGGUUCAGUUGUACGAUUCCUCACAAAGAGGAUGCUGUGAAGUGCUGUGAUGAAGUCGAUCCAGUUGCAAAGUCGAUAGGAGCUGUUAAUUGCAUUGUAAGGAGAGAAAGUGACGGGAAGUUAUUUGGUUUCAAUACUGACUAUGUUGGUGCCAUUUCUGCCAUUGAGGAAGGACUUCAAGCUUCAGGAAACGGCAGUAGUAGCCUAUCUGGUUCACCCUUAGCUGGUAAGUUGUUUGUGGUCAUUGGUGCUGGAGGUGCUGGUAAAGCACUUGCUUAUGAUAGGGCAAAAGAGCUCGCAGACACAAUCGGGGGAGAAGCCAUCUCCCUAGCUGAUCUGGAAAAUUUCCACCCAGAAACUGGCAUGAUUCUUGCAAAUACAACAUCGAUCGGAAUGCAUCCAAAAGUGGAAGAAACACCCGUCCCCAAGCAUGCUUUGAAACAUUAUGCCUUGGUAUUCGAUGCCGUCUACACCCCCAAGAUAACCAGGCUGUUGAAAGAAGCCGAAGAGUCUGGAGCAGCGACCGUAUCAGGUCUGGAGAUGUUCAUUGGCCAAGCCUACGACCAGUUUGAGAGGUUCACUGGAUUACCAGCUCCUAAAGAACUCUUUCGCAAGACCAUGUCCAAGUAUUGACAUUAGCAGAGAAGUCCUUGUUUCGGAACCGUGCAUCUUUUCAAUGGAAUUGAUACCGUGAAAGAAGAGUAAUCUCCCUUUCCUUCUUCCCUCUUGUGCUUUCGUUUUCGAUGACUACGAAUGUGCAGGACAAAAAGAAUGCUUGAGAUUGAUUAGUUAAUGUGUAACAUCGGCUGGAACCCCAUUUUUCAGUGAGGUUGUAUGGUUCCUUCCAUUGUAAUUCGCUGUUAGCCCCGAGAGCAUUUCAUGCUCUUGGGGCAUUCUUGUACGUAUGGCGGUGUCCAGUGUAUUCUGAUGCUGCGUCAUUCCCUGUCGUUGAAUUGGUGUACUGAUGUUGUUGGAUUGUCUUUGCAUGUUUUUCAAACGAUGAAUCGGGUGAGUUAUUUGUUGAGAUUCGUAUAUGUUUAAAACUUGAACUCAGAAACGAAGGCAGGAC